GUAGAGGAACACAUGUUCUGGGAAUUGAUGGGUAUAUGCUUUUCCUGCAGGAGACCCACCAGCGGCAGGUUGAACAGUAAAAUAUCUGAGCAUAUCUCGGCCUCCGUAACCCCUCUCCAUGUUUGUCUGGAGGAACAAAGAAGACCAGAACUGGGCUCAUGUGACGCCUCACAAGCUCACAAGCCUCAGGUUAAAAGGACCUUUGAGAGUCAGAAGGCAGAAGAAGAGAUUCCCGAGGAGGUGGCGGAAGGUGAUUCGAUCGAAAUCGAGACAGGAGAGUUAAGACAAAGCCAGCCGAGUAUGGCCAAUACUAUCAGCAACAUGAAGAUGACUAAUCCCAUAAAGGGACUCGUUAGCAAACGCCGCAAACGUUUCACGGAGGACGGUUUUAAUCUUGAUCUCACAUAUAUAAAAGCGAAUUUAAUAGCGAUGGGUUUUCCUGCUGAGAAGCUGGAGGGAGUGUAUAGAAAUCAUAUUGAUGACGUUGUUAAGCUGCUGGAAUCGAAACAUAAAGAUCAUUAUAAGAUUUAUAAUCUGUGUUCCGAGAGAUCGUAUGAUUGCAAAAAGUUCAAGCAGAGAGUGGCUACUUACGCGUUCGAUGAUCAUAAUCCACCAAAGCUGGAACAGAUUAAACCUUUCUGCGAGGACGUGCAGUCGUGGCUAUCCCAAGAUAAGGACAACGUAGCCGCAGUUCAUUGCAAGGCGGGCAAAGGUCGAACGGGUGUAAUGGUGUGCUGUUAUCUACUUCACAGCAAACAGUUUCCCACUGCCACGGAAGCCCUUAAUUAUUAUGGAACUAAACGGACUCACGAUAGGAAAGGCGUAACGAUACCAUCGCAGAGAAGAUAUGUAGAUUAUUAUGCUACCCUCCUCCAAGAGGGUCUCAGUUAUGAACCAGUGACAUUAUUAUUGCGUAAGAUACAACUGGAUCCGGCCCCUAUUUUCAACGGAGGCCAAGGCUGCUUGCAUUUUGUAAUCUCGGAAUCAAACAAAAGGAUAUUUUCUGAUGAUUACGAGGUUCGGAAAGGUACAUCUUCUAUUUGUAUCCCAUUGCAACACACUGUCGCUCUGACGGGAGAUAUACGGGUGGAGUUCUACAACUACAGGCCAAAAAUGAAACGAAAGGAGAAAAUGUUUCAUUUUUGGUUCAACACAUUUUUCGUCCGUGAGAAAGCGAAUUCCGAGUGCGACAAUGGCGAAUUACACGUUGAAAGAUCGGCGAGGGCAUUUAGCUGCGACGGCACAGCAAUGGAAUUACCGAUGGUUAUGUCGCACGUGAAACCUAGAACUGGAUCGUUGGCCAGUCUCGGUCCUAUGCCGCCCACUCUCAUUUUACGGAUAGACAAGUCAGGAUUGGACAAUGCACACAAGGAUAAAAAUCACAAGCUAUACAGUCCGGAUUUUAAAGUGAGUCUAUUUAUGCAUAGCGUGGGCGGGAACAUAUCUCCAGCUGUGCCAGCGACGACGAACAGAGGUGGCGACGGUGUGCAGCUGGGGAUAGGCGGGCAGGAAACGCCGAGCGAGUCGAGCGAAGCGGACAGCAGCGAGUGCGACACCACCGGCGACGAGGACGGUUGGGAAUCCGGGGAAUCGACAUAUUUGUGACUGUUGAGACUUGACUGAUGAUGAUGAUGGCGGGGCCGAUCGGGGCUAAACCCUGUGUGACGAUCAACCUUCUGACCGCUGAAAACCUCCGCACCGCUUGAUUACCGAAAUCGAAUUGUGUGUGCGAAUAGAUGAAAACGACCACCAUCGCCAUCCCCGUGUCUGCCACACCACGCAUGCAUACACACCCUGCCCGCCAUCCCCCGCCCCGCAAAAAAAAAUAAACUCUUCUUGGUACACACACGCUGAUGCUUCACGAAAGAAAAGAGGUUUACGUUAUCAUUUAGAGUUAAUUAAUUUAACGUAUUGCCGUGUGCCGCAUCGUGAUCAGUACGCGGCUUUUAUAUGAAAGAAAUAAAGCGCCAGUUUACUUUUAAUCCCCAAUAUUUGUAUCAAUCGCGACGAUCUGUUAGAUAGCGAAACAAUUGAUUUUGUAUAAACGCAAAUGUAUUUAUGAAUUAAUGUAUCAUCCGAGUCGCGACGGGGUAUUAUUCGAAUCGAAGUCGAACCUCGGAUUGUCACCCAGUGGUUGUUGCGUUAAGUAGAUUAAUCCUUGUCUUGGCAGCGCCAAGCGGAUAGAGACGCUUUUACGAAAAUUAGAGAAAUCUUCUGGAAAAGUUUUUAUUGUCGUGAAAAAAAAUUAAGAUGAAGUAAUAAGACAAAUAUUGCGGAAAAAUUUUUUAAAGGAGCUUUUAGGACCGCGUUUUGAAUUUGCUGCACGGAGAGGCGCUUGGUUUCUUCUGUGUAAAAGCUGUUUGCAUUAGUGCUGGCUCUAGAGGAUCUUCUUAUAUAUAUUUAAAACAAAAAACGAAUAUUCGGCAAACGUUUUCGUUUCAGUCUCGCGUGUCAGAAACGCGUUUCGCUGUCGGAAAUGGAUCGAUUUCGCAUACAAGUCGAGUGAGUCCCCGGGUAUGAAGUACUCCUCGAGUACGAAGAAUCCCUAAAAUACGCGCUGUCGCGCGUAACGCGCAUAAAUGAAGUGUAAAAUCGAGUUUAUCCUUUUUUUUUUUUAAUUUAUUUAUUCAUUCUCCGAGGAGAGCAGUAACGAUAUUCGUGUCUUGCGCGAAUAACUUAUUUAUUAUCUUUCCCCGACGUGUUUUAUUCGUUAUAUAAUAUACGUACGCAAGCGUUUCUUUUCUUUUCUGGUGUCUCUUCGACGUGAUGGACGAUUCAUUUCGACGACGUAGAUAUCCGAUUUGUUGCAACAUUGUGUAUUCGCGCGCUGAUAUUAUUAUUACUUUAAGUUCGCCUAUAUUUUGUUUUUUUCGUUUUCUCGAAACGAAAUUCGUCGGUUUAAUUUAUACGAUUACUUCCGUUCUUUUUUUUUUUUUUAUAAAGCAGGAUAUCUAUUAUUAAUAUGAAAUAUCAACAAUUGUUCGUUAAAAAUGCACGCUACAAUUAAUUCGUAUAAUAAUUGUGUAUAGUGGUCAUCUAUUAUUAAUUUAAUCGCGUUAAAAUGAUGAGAAAGUGAGAGAAGAAAACAUGAUGACUGAUUGUUGACGUAUAUGCAAUUGGUGUUCAGUAUCGAAAUACAAUUGUUUCUGUGGAAAAAUAGACUUUGUUAUCUAUUAUUAUUAUUAUUAUUAUUAUUAUUAUUAUUAUUAUUAAUUGGAUCGUUUAUGUAUUUUAUUUAUGAUCAUGUUGUACCAGGGUUUUUAAUACUCUAUUCCGAUCUUUUUGUAUUAUUAUGCCAUUGUUUAGGAGGAAGAUUGACGUCGAGAAAGUUAGAGAUAUAGCGUUGCAUUUAAGAAGGCGUUACGAGAGAAUAGGUACGUAAGAUCCAUCAUAGCUGAAAUUACAAUUAGACGAUUUUUACGUUAGAUCGAUAAGUAUAGCAAUAAACAAGUGAACGCGUCGUUUGAUUUAUUUCUGCGCGUUUAGUAUUAUAAUUAAACAAACAAAAAAAAAAUAGAAAAAAAUGAAAAGAAAAAGAAAAAACCAAUACCUUUUCUGUUGUAAUAGAGAAUAAAUCGAUAUCUCUCGCAUGUAUUCCGCAAUAGGAGCUUAAGUUUUGUCGCUAACGUAUACGAGUAUAUCGUGACCUGGGCACGCAGAUACGAUCUUUGUGGCAUCAUUAAUAGAGUCCGCUUUUUUACAAAUUACAAAACGAAGUAUAUGUAUAUUCGCUAGCCUAAUCGCUAUACAUGCGUCCACGCAAAAAAAAAGGCAUUCGAACGGACUUUGCGGAAUUUUGCCUUUUCAGACAGAAUUUCAUUUCACUUACCGGAAGCUUUACUGGGACCAAUAAAACUACCUUGUAAGUUUGCGUAUUUCUUUCUUCUUUGCUGGCGAUCUUAAUUUUAAGAGCUCUAUAUAUUUAUGGUAUAUAUUAUAAAUUAAUUACUCGACUCAGCCUAUAGAGUACAAAAUACGUGACUUGAUCUCAGAUUUAAAUAGAAAAUUAAUUACCUUUUCUCUGCCUUUCUGAAUGAGCGCGGCGAUAAUUUUUUUGAACGGCUAUAUCAUUGAGAGUAUACGUUUAAGGAAUCAUGUUAACAAAGGACAGGUUUUACAUUAAAACAACAAAAAAGUUAGAAGCCUCUAAAUUUAUCGCACAUCGAUCUAUCUAUCAAUCGCAUUGAUUUUCUCGUCAAAUAUACGCGAUAGUGACGUCUAAAAAAUUCCGUCAUCAUUUGUGAGUAGCAUGAUGAUUCGUACUUUUGGAAUAAAUCCAAUAUUAAAUGAUAUAUGUCUUAUACGGAAACGGGAAAACAUUUAUUUUACCCGAACUACGACAGAAGAAUUUUAAACAGAUUUAAAAAAAAACAUGAGAGGAGAAAGCCUUCGGAAGUAUGCCAUAGUAAUUACGAACGUCAUAAUAGUAUUCGUUUUUUUUUGUUUAGAACUUUUCUAUUUUUGUAACUGUUUGCGUAACUCGGUGAUAUUCUGAACGACUGACGAGGAGCGCGCGCCUUUCUUUAUUCUCUCGAGAACGAAUUCUUCGCUAUUAUUUAAUUCAUUAAUUUAUCUUAGAUGAAAGACCCGAUUACAAUUUUUCGCUUCCGCAACCCAACAACGAAAUAUAUGUGUUUUAUUUUUAUAUAUAAAUAUAUAUGUAUAUUCGUUUUGUUCCUAGUGCGAUUUAUAACGCAGUUAGAUGUGGUCUAGUUGAAAAUUCGUCGAAUUUGGAUUUUACACGAUCAUUUUAGCGUCUUAUUUUAACAGCCCCCUUCCUCCUCCCUUAAGUUGCGACUCUGGCAGUCCGAUUUAUCGUUAAUGAUUUAAAGAUAGAGGCAAUAUACUAUAUACUAUCCGCAGAUAGUUAAGUUACAUGUAAUAAUGCGUUCAAAUGACAAAUUGCGUUUUUUACAAUGUACCUUGCAAUAACAAUAAGUUUGAUAUUAAAACAACAUGCUUUAUCCUUUUUUUUAUCCCACUCCUCGUACAUCAAGAACCUGUACGAAUCCUGAUAGAACAUCCUGAUUUUAUUUCAGUUAUGCAAUUUUACACUAUUUUUCAACGUGAUAGACUUUUAAAAUUAAAUUUAAAAUUUUAUGAUGAAUGAAAUAUUUAAAAUAUAAAUACAGAAAGCUGCGUGUGUGAAUGAUUUUCAAUAGAUUAUAAAAAUCUUAUCUUUUAGGCGAAAAAUCAAUAUUUGAUGUUGAAAAUAAGCAAGCUCAAUAAUUAUUCUAUCGAGUUUAUAUGGUAAAUAGAUUAAUUUCUAGA